AUGUUGCUCUUCAUCUUGCUUUCGCUCUUCAAUUUCAACCCAUCUUUGAGCCUAAAAAUCUGCUCCUUCAAUGUGAGGUCUUUUGGAGAAACUAAAAUAGCCAGACCUGAAGUUGUCGAUGCUGUGGUAAAGAUCAUUUCUCGCUGUGACGUCAUGUUGCUGAUGGAAAUAAAGGAGAACAAGAACCGUGUUUGUCCUCUCCUGGUGGAGAAGCUCACCAGUCAGCUGAAGGGGCCAAAGGAGGAAUACAGCUGGGUGGUCAGCGAGAGGCUGGGAAGGAAGAGCUACAAGGAGCAGUACGCCUUCAUCUACAGGCAACAUGUGGUAUCAGUGAAACAAACCUACCAGUACCCUGACACCCAGCCUGGGGACGAGGAUGCCUUCUCCAGAGAGCCCUUCGUUGUCUGGUUCCAGUCUCCAAAAACCACUAUCAAAGAGUUUGCUAUAAUCCCUCUGCACACCACACCGGAGACAGCAGUACGGGAGAUUGAUGAGCUCUAUGAUGUGUAUUUAGACAUAAAACAGCGCUGGAAAACCGAGAACUUCAUCUUCAUGGGGGACUUUAAUGCUGGAUGUAGCUACGUUCCCAAAAAGCAGUGGAAGAACAUCCGGCUGAGGACUUACUCCGAAUUCGUCUGGCUAAUUGGUGACAAAAAUGACACGACAGUGAAGAGAAGCACAAGCUGCCCGUAUGACAGGAUCGUGGUCAGCGGGCAGAAGCUCAUCCACGCCAUUGUGCCACACUCUGUCAAUAUCUUUGACUUCCAGAAGGACUUUCAGAUGACUGAGGAGCAGGCGCUGGGGGUGAGCGACCACUUCCCAGUAGAGUUUGAGUUAGAAACAAAAGGCGGCUUCUUCAACUGGCUGAAAUCGCAGUUUUCAAGGAAGAGGAGACCAAGAAAGAGCCGCCACUCAAGGUCAUGAGCAUGCUGAGUCCUCUCACAUGGCGUGGAAAUACAUGGAUGCCAACAGAUCUUGUAGAAGACUAGUGUAGAUAUACUCACAGCAAGUGCAAUAUUUAGUGGGAAAAAACCAAAUAUUUUGUGAAAGUUCAAAUAUCUUGGGUAAGAAGGCAAAUUUAACUUUCAGGUUAUUUUCCUCGUAUGCAAAAAUAAAUCAGCUAGAAGCAGCAUACUAUACUUACCGUACUGAUCAAAAAUGUAAGGAGCUACUG